CUAGUGACGACCAUCCCAGCUGGUUGGAAAAAGCUUGACAGAGGGGUGACCGGUAGAUGUGUGUGUUAGCGUCUCUGUUUAUGAUUAAAUAACAUUUACUUUCGACGUUGUAUGCAUUAAUGCAAGUGAAAACAGCGUGGGACCGUAUCCGUUCUGUCGGGAAAACCGGUUAGCUAGCUUUUUACAAAUAAUAAUUCCUCGUUUUGGUCAUCCAGUUGAUCAGACGUGUCGGUCUUGUUGAUUUCAUCUCGAUAGCUGGCUGGCUAGCCAUUUUCAGAUAAAGAAGGGCGAUCAACGUGGAUUAAUUGGACUAGCUACCUACAGUACGAUGAGUACCUUGGAUUCUGUGGAUCGAGUUGAACUGUGCGAGAGCCUUUUGACAUGGAUCCAAACGUUUGGGUUGGAGGCACCAUGCAAAACAGUGGAAGAUCUCACAAGUGGGAUUGUCAUGGCCCAGGCCCUACAGAAAAUAGACAUUGUGUAUUUCACUGACAACUGGAUCAGUAGGAUCAAGCCUGAGGUGGGAGAUAACUGGCGACUAAAGAUCAGUAAUCUGAAGAAGGUGUUGAAAGGCAUACUGGACUACAACCAGGAGGUCCUUCAACAGCAGAUCAAUGACUUCACCCUGCCAGACAUCAACCUGAUAGGAGAACACUCAGACGCUGCAGAGCUGGGCAGGAUGCUACAACUCAUACUGGGCUGUGCUGUCAACUGUGAGCAGAAACAAGAAAACAUCCAGACCAUAAUGAUGCUGGAGGAAUCUGUUCAACAUGUUGUCAUGACAGCCAUUCAAGAGCUGAUGAGCAAAGAGUGUCCAGUUAUUGGAGGAAAUGAAUUGUACGCUGACAUCGAUAGACAGCUGAAGAAGACGGUGGAGGAUCUGAAUGACGCUCUAGUCACCAAGGAGGAGAUCGCACAGAGAUGUCACGAGCUGGACAUGCAGGUGGCAGCGCUACAGGAGGAGAGGGGUAGUCUCCUGGCUGAGAACCAGAUCCUCAUGGAGCGUCUCAACCAGUCUGACUCCAUAGAAGACCUGAACAGCCCUGUAGGACGCAGACACCUGCAGCUACAGACACAGCUAGAACAGCUCCAGGAGGAGACCUUCAGGCUGGAGGCAGCGAAGGAUGACUAUCGUAUCCGCUGUGAGGAGUUGGAUAAGGAGUUAACGGAGCUGAGAGGACAGAAUGAAGAGCUCACCUCCCUGGCUGACGAGGCCCAGUCACUGAAGGACGAGAUGGACGUACUCAGACACUCGUCGGACAAGGUGUCCAAGCUGGAGGUCCUGGUGGAGUCGUAUAAGAAGAAGCUGGAGGACCUGGGAGAUCUGAGGAGACAGGUGAAGCUACUGGAGGAGAAGAACACCAUGUACAUGCAGAACACUGUCAGUCUGGAGGAAGACGUACGCAAGGCCAACACCACGAGAGGACAGCUGGAGUCCUACAAGAGACAGGUGGUAGAGCUGCAGAACAGGCUGUCUGAGGAGUCUAAAAAGACAGACAGGAUGGAGUUUGAAUACAAGAGACUCAAGGAGAAGGUGGACUCUCUCCAGAAAGAAAAGGAGCGUAUGAGGUCAGAGAGAGACUCUUUGAAAGAGACCAUUGAGGAGCUGCGUUGUGUUAAGGCUCAGAAGGAACAACUCUCUACAGGCAUGGUUCCACUCGGCAGUAACGAGGGCUCUGAUUCGCUGGCUGAAGAGAUCAUCACCCCAGAGAUCCGAGAGAGGCUGAUCAGACUGCAGCAUGAGAACAACAUGUUGAAGCUGGCCCAGGAGGGUUCUGAUAAUGACAAGAUCGCUCUGCUGCAGAGUCUGCUGGAGGACGCUAACAGCAGGAAGAACGAACUGGAGACAGAAAACAGACUGGUGAACCAGAGACUGAUUGAGGGUCAGAGUCAGGUGGAGGAGCUGCAGAGGAGUCUUCAGGAACAGGGCUCCAAAGCAGAGGAUUCAAUCAUUCUGAAGAAGAAGAAUGAUGUACACAUGGAGAAGUUACGGGAAGUGAACAGUGAACUGCAGAAGAAGAGUGCGUACAUCGAUGACUUGGAACCCAAAUACACAUCUAGCUCCCAGAAAGUGGAGGAGCUAGAGGAAGCACUGAAGAAGAAGGAUGAAGACAUGAAGCAGAUGGAAGACAGAAAUAAGAAGUACCUGGAGAAGGCGAAGAGUGUUAUCCGGACCCUGGACCCUAAACAGAACCAGGGCUCAGCACCAGAGGUCCAGGCCUUGAAGAACCAGCUGCAGGAGAAGGAGAGGAUGCUACACUCUCUGGAGAAAGACUACGACAAGACCAAGGCUCAGAGAGACCAGGAGGAGAAACUCAUAGUGUCUGCCUGGUACAGCAUGGGCAUGGCUCUUCAGAAGAAGGCAGCAGAGGACCGUCUGGCCAGUACGGGUUCAGGACAGUCCUUCCUGGCCCGCCAGAGACAGGCUACCAGCACACGCCGCUCCUACCCCGGACACGUACAGCCUACCACCGCCAGGUAGACACGGCACCAUGACCCCUACCUGACCCUUCACCCUGACUCCUGACCCUCCAGGCCAGGUCGACACAGCACCAUGACCCCUACGUGACCCUUCACCCUGACUCCUGACCCUCCAGGCCAGGUAGACACGGCAACAACUGACCCCAGCCCCGGAACCCUCCAGUUAUCCACCAGACAGACAGACGCUACUCUGUAACGGGCGUCUGCUUUGCCAAGCAAUCCAGACAGUUCAGGAUGGAUUAAACCUCUCCUGUUCUGUCCUCCUCUUCAGUCCUUCAGCUCAGGAUGGAUGAGUUGGUCUACCUGGCUCUUUAACUGACAGUAUUAUUAUUAUGCACAUUUCUCUCAAACAUGUUACCGUUCUGUUACCGUUCUGUUACCGUUCUGUUACCGUUCUGUUACUGUUCUGUUCCUGUUCUGUCAGGAAUCCUCUAUCUAAUAACUGUUUUCACAUUUCUCUAAAACAUGUUACCGUUCUGUUACCGUUCUGUUACCGUUCUGUUACCGUUCUGUUCCCGUUCUGUUACCGUUCUGUUACCGUUCUGUUACCCUUCUGUUACCCUUCUGUUCCCGUUCUGUUACCGUUCUGUUCCUGUUCUGUCAGGAAUCCUCUAUCUAAUAACUGUUUUCACAUUUCUUUUGUAACACAAUGUUGUGAGCAGAGAUGCACUUUUCACAAAUUGGUAGUGGAUUGAUGUUUUGUUAAAUCGUUCUAAAAUCGGAGGAUAUUUUCGUAUCUUGAUGUAAUGACAUGUAGCCAGUGACUGUCGGGACAUGUUUAGUAACAGAGGAGGGACAUGGUAUGUCUCUGAGUUGGUCUCUUUAGUUGUCCCGGUACCUUUUUAUAUGUGUCCAGUAACUCUGAGUGUGUUCCGUUUGUCUGUGUUCGAUAGUCUUGUUAUUGCCUGUAGUGGGAGAUUUUGAAAGGUUAGUUGUAUAGGGACUCCUCUAGUCUGUUGGCAGUGUAUUUAGCUGUAGAAUAUAUUCCACUAGUGUCCCGGAUGUUUUAGACAAGGCCUUUCUUCAUCAUCGUCAUCAGAAAUGUUAACAGUAGAAAGUUUCCUAUUUCUAAUUGACUGUUUUCUAAAUCAAACAUUUUUAAUUGGCUGAAUUAUUUAAUGAUCCUGAAAUAAGGCGAGCACCGUCUUCCCCUCUGUAGUCCGCUCACCCAGCGGUCAUUAUUGAUUAUUGAACCAGCGAUUUACUGAUCAAGCAUCUCUCUCUCCCCGUGUCCUCCUGCGUUGAUCAAGCAUCUCUCUCCCCGUGUCCUCCUGCGUUGAUCAAGCAUCUCUCUCCCCGUGUCCUCCUGCGUUGAUCAAGCAUCUCUCUCUCCCCGUGUCCUCCUGCGUUAAUCAAGCAUCUCUCUCUCCCCGUGUCCUCCUGCGUUAAUCAAGCAUCUCUCUCCCCGUGUCCUCCUGCGUUGAUCAAGCAUCUCUCUCCCCGUGUCCUCCUGCGUUAAUCAAGCAUCUCUCUCUCCCCGUGUCCUCCUGCGUUGAUCAAGCAUCUCUCUCUCCCCGUGUCCUCCUGCGUUGUUUGAAGGGAAUUCCAAAUGGCUCCUUCCUCUUUUGUCCUAUGACCAUGUGAGAACAGUUCUGCUGUGUGAACGAAACUGUCCUUCGUUCAUAUUUCAGUGUGUAGUGUACCAGUUGCUUUCUAAAUGCUAGUGUCCAUAUUUUAAGCAGUGGACUUAAGUCAGUGGUCAUAUCUGACGAUAUCUAACAGAUGGAAAUUGUAAUUUUGAACGUAUCGAAAGGGUCUGAAAUACAAAACACACGAACUCGUAAAAGAACCACUGCUGCCUCGAGGAGGUGGAUUAUAACACAUGAAAUUGAUCUUCGAGUUUAGCGUGGGGGCGUAAUUUCCCGUUCUCACUCACUGUGCUACGCCUUUACGUCUCUGACGCAACGUGGGGCGUCGUGUCGUACUUGAAAAGGAGUUUGACUGUCUAACAUGGUGUCUGUCCAAUGAAACGAGCAGUAGGUUACCAACGGGUUGGACCGUGUACUGUUUACUUACAUUUUACAUUUUAGUCAUUUAGCAGACGCUCUUAUCCAGAGCGACUUACAGUAGAGUGCAUACAUUUUAUAUACUGAGACAAGGAUAUCCCUACCGGCCAAACCCUCCCUAACCCAGACGACGCUAUGCCAAUUGUGCGUCGCCCCACAGACCUCCCGGUUGCAGCCGGCUGCGACAGAGCCUGGGCGCGAACCCAGAGACUCUGGUGGCGCAGCUAGCACUGCGAUUUAGUGCCCUAGACCACUGCGCCACCCGGGAGGCCGGUACUUGACUACUGUUGUGAUUUAGUAGAACGUAGACGGACUUCAUACUAGGAACGUUAGAAUCUCCAGAUUUUUUUAAAUUUAAUUUUCAUACAAUCUGAAUAUCUGUUUAUCAGCCACUGAUGUCAGUGUAAAAAAAAAAGGGUUUUGGGGAGGGUAUCACGUUUUAAAGUGAUAUACGAGACGUUUUAACGUGAUAUAUGACGUUUUAACGUGAUGUAUGACGUUUUAACGUGACAUAAAAGAGAUUGUUGUUGACGUGUUCUGACAACUCUGCACCCUCAUGGUUUUGUGUUGGACUUGAAGCUUUUGGAUGUGGAAAUGUUUUCUUAACAUUUUAAAACUGCCAUUUUAAAAACAAGAUUUGUAAAAAAAAAAAAAAUAUUCACUGUUAAGGAAAAUUCGUAUUAAAAAGGGUCAGAAUGGGGUCGGGGUUUGUUGCCUCCUGCUCUGCUGAGCAGGGUCUCUGUACAGUCAUCUCUUACCAUCAUAACAUGGUGUCAGAAGUGAAUCAACUUCAUCAAAUAUUAACAACCAAGUUCAUCCAAUAUAAGACCGGAACAUCGUUAAGAGUGGACACGAGAGAAUAUCUGACAGAAAAUAAUAAUAUUCCAUGAGUUUUGUCAGUUGAUUUUUUUGUGACGAAAAAAAAUCUAAAAGCUCUGUCUCUCUCACUCAUCAUUCGAGCGGCGGCGUUGCUAUGGAUACUAACAGGGAGAGAGCACGUGGAGCAGAAGAAGGACAUUGCAGGGCCAGAGAUGAGCAGGGCCAGAGAUGAGCAGGGCCACAGAUGAGCAGCUAACAGAGAAAGUUAUUUCUGAUUUUGGGACAAAUGAUAAAAUGAAAGAAAAAAACAUUUGUUUUUCGGUUAGGGAUUUUUUUUAUUAACGAUCCCAAUUUUGUUUUAACGUUCACAACCCUACUUUGCUAGUUCAUUAAUCGUUUCAUCCUCCUACCUAUCAUGUUGAAACCUUCUACGUGUUAAACAACUCUCCUGUCCUGUCUCUGACUGCUCAUAUUGUCUCUGACUGCUCAUAUUGUCUCUGUCCUGUCUCUGACUGCUCAUAUUGUCUCUGUCCUGUCUCUGACUGCUCAUAUUGUCUCUGUCCUCUCUCUGGCUGCUCAUAUUGUCUCUGUCCUGUCUCUGACUGCUCAUAUUGUCUCUGACACUACCAGACGCAACAGCCUCUAAUGGGGUUGGGGAGCUGGGGCUGCUAGGAAGUCUCUCUCUCUAAAUGGUAGAGUAGUGGGAGAAGUCUCUCUCUAAAUGGUUGUAUUAAAUGAGAGCGGAUAACCUGUCGAACCUUUUAUAAAGCUAGUAGCCUGGUUUGAUAUGAAACCCUUUUCCCCAAAUCCUUUUUGAAGCCUGGGUCAUGUUCAUCAGGCACCAAAUGGAAGAAAAUGGACAGAAACAGGGAGUACUAUUUAUUUUUGCGUUGCACAAUGUUUUUGAAACGUAUUGCUACGAUGUGCCCUAAUGAACACGACCCAGGUGUGGCGCCCGUGGGACAAACAGGCAGCAAGUCAAUAAGGAUGUUGUGAAGGUGUUUAAAAGGGCUUUUACCUCAAGCGUUCGUGUAAAACCAGGAAGAAAUCAGCUUAGGGGCUGUAGUAUUCAUCCUGAUUCUGUUGUCUCUUUUUAAUUCAAGUUUUCACAUAAUAACAAAAAUAUAUUUGUCCCAUCUCUUAUUAUGCAACUGAUGAACUUUUUAUGACUCUUCUUGUGUGAAAGACUGGUCUCCUGACGUGUGUUGAUAUGAUUGGUAGGGCAACGUGUCUCUUAACUGUCCUGUUUUUUUUUUUUUUGCAUGUCUCCCGAUGAACGUAAAACUGCCCCCUUGCAUCCCAAACGGAACACUAUUCCCUGCUUAGUGCACUACUUUAGACCAGAUCCCUAUGGGCCCUAUAUAGGGAAUAGGGUGCAGUUUGGAACUAAGAGUUAGUUUCAUUAAUCAUGACACAGGAGCUCUGGGGGAAAAUGAUGGUAACAUUUUACUUCAAGCCUUAUAAUGCUUCAUAACUGUUUAUAAGCACCUAUAAGAGUAUUAUCUUGUCUCUUUAUGUCAACUGACUCAAACGGCUGGUAUUUCAUCCGUUAUGAGAUGAGACAUUAUAAUAGGGUCAUAUGCUUAUGACAUUGCAUUAUAAUGCAUUAUAACCUCUGGUGUUAAGUAAAAUGGUACUGAAGUUACGACAGUUUUUUUCACUACCGUCCAUGAUAAUGGGUCUAUUAACUCCUACCGGUUCUACACUGGUCCCACAUCAGCUAGUCUCCUAGCCUGGUCCCACAGCAGUUAGUCUCCUAGCCUGGUCCCACAGCAGCUAGUCUCCUAGCCUGAUCCCACAUCAGCUAGUCUCCUAGCCUGAUCCCACAUCAGCUAGUCUCCUAGCCUGGUCCCACAGCAGCUAGUCUCCUAGCCUGGUCCCACAGCAGUUAGUCUCCUAGCCUGGUCCCACAGCAGUUAGUCUCCUAGCCUGGUCCCACAUCAGUUAGUCUCCUAGCCUGGUCCCACAGCAGCUAGUCUCCUAGCCUGAUCCCACAUCAGCUAGUCUCCUAGCCUGAUCCCACAUCAGCUAGUCUCCUAGCCUGGUCCCACAUCAGUUAGUCUCCUAGCCUGGUCCCACAUCAGCUAGUCUCCUAGCCUGGUCCCACAUCAGCUAGUCUCCUAGCCUGGUCCCACAUCAGCUAGUCUCCUAGCCUGGUCCCACAGCAGUGAUGUCUCCUAGCCUGGUCCCACAUCAGUUAGUCUCCUAGCCUGGUCCCACAUCAGCUAGUCUCCUAGCCUGGUCCCACAUCAGUUAGUCUCCUAGCCUGGUCCCACAUCAGUUAGUCUCCUAGCCUGGUCCCACAUCAGCUAGUCUCCUAGCCUGGUCCCACAUCAGCUAGUCUCCUAGCCUGAUCCCACAGCAGUUAGUCUCCUAGCCUGGUUCCACAUCAGCUAGUCUCCUAGCCUGGUCCCACAUCAGCUAGUCUCCUAGCCUGGUCCCACAUCAGUUAGUCUCCUAGCCUGGUCCCACAUCAGUUAGUCUCCUAGCCUGGUCCCACAUCAGUUAGUCUCCUAGCCUGGUUCCACAUCAGCUAGUCUCCUAGCCUGGUCCCACAUCAGCUAGUCUCCUAGCCUGGUCCCACAUCAGUUAGUCUCCUAGCCUGGUCCCACAUCAGUUAGUCUCCUAGCCUGGUCCCACAUCAGCUAGUCUCCUAGCCUGGUCCCACAUCAGCUAGUCUCCUAGCCUGGUCCCACAGCAGUGAUGUCUCCUAGCCUGGUCCCACAUCAGUUAGUCUCCUAGCCUGGUCCCACAUCAGCUAGUCUCCUAGCCUGGUCCCACAUCAGCUAGUCUCCUAACCUGAUCCCACAGCAGUUAGUCUCCUAGCCUGGUCCCACAUCAGCUAGUCUCCUAACCUGGUCCCACAUCAGUUAGUCUCCUAGCCUGGUCCCACAUCAGUUAGUCUCCUAGCCUGGUCCCACAUCAGCUAGUCUCCUAACCUGGUCCCACAGCAGUUAGUCUCCUAGCCUGGUCCCACAUCAGUUAGUCUCCUAGCCUGGUCCCACAUCAGCUAGUCUCCUAACCUGGUCCCACAUCAGUUAGUCUCCUAGCCUGGUCCCACAUCGGUUUGUGCAGUCUUGACAGGGAAACCGGAACUUUGGGACAAUAAACCUUUUAUAGCCUGGUUAAACCAGACUGAAUGUUUCAAACAAUGGCGAUCAGCGUUCCAGUAUGGUUUAACCAGGCUAUAAUAAACUUCUAGGAGGAAAUAUUUGUUUAAAAAUAACAAUAAUAACUGAGGCUUUUCAGUCAGAUCUUAUCAGCAGGUUUUAUGGUUAAUGUAUUUGUAUUCAUAGGAAGAAAACGUAUUUUACAUUAACUGAAUUACCAAAUAACAUUUUCCAUGUGUUUAUAUUGAUGUUUGUAUACAAUAUGUACACACUGUAUGGGAGAAACAAACAGUGGAAUGAGGAAGUCCGAGGUCAUUUGAGAAGAGAACAUGAUAUUUUAAAAUCAGAUGGAUUUCAUAGUUUCCUGUCCUUGUAAAACGUGUUGAUUUUAAAAUGUGAACAUGUACAGCGGGUGAGGACGGUGUAAUAAAGAUUGUAUAAAACUAAA